AUGGGCAACGGCAAGGACAACGGGCAAAACCAAAGGCAACAUGGUCCCGUCAUCACUAGUGUCGACUUCAUCACCAUCAUCCGCACUAGCAACACCAGCAAUACCAACACCAGCAGCAAUAGCAUCAGCAUCAGCAUCAGCAUCAGCUUGCCUUGCAUUGCACUGCACUGCACUGCACCACACCGCACUGCACUGCAGAUAGACUUCCGCUGCUUCUAG